GGAGAAGAGACAGGCAGAGCAGAUGUGGGGACCAUCUGGGAAGAUGGAAGUUAAGUUCUCUGAGGAGGAAAGAUCUCCUUCAGAGGAAGGGCAGAGGGCUCAGGCCCAGGAGCGUGGCCAAGAUGGCCUCUCACGUGGCAGUGGACCGAUGGUGUUCAGCCGUCGUCUUGGCAGAAGUGUGGAAGCAGCUGCUGUAACUCCAAUCCAGCGUCCCUUUUCCUUUGAGGAGGUGGCCGUGUAUUUCACCGAGGCAGAGUGGGCACUCUUGGAUCCGGGCCAAAGAGCUCUCCACAGGGAAGUCAUGCUGGAGAACUAUGGGAGUGUGGCCUUUCUGGGACCCCUCCUGGAGGAGGCAGGGCGCUUCCGAGGAGCUCCAAGGACUCCACCAACAGCACAUCCCUCACCAGAGUCGCAUCCUUCCGUUGAAGAGAAAGGGCCAGGAAGGAUGCAGUUCUGCUUAGACUUGCCCUCGAAGCCGCCGGUCAGUGAGCAGACACGCAGCCAGGCCCUGCCAUGUUUACUCAGAGAUGCACACCUCAGCGACACCUGCCCUUUGCCCAGGGACUCUCGGGCCUCCAAUCGGCCUCUCUUGGGCCAAGCUGCGGUGCUGCCGCCACCCCUGCUGGUCGUGUCUUCAACGGGCCGCCGAAAGAGGACCCAUUUUGCUGCUUCUCAGCUGGCGCGGCUGGAGGAGGUCUUCCGGGAGAACCAAUACCCCGACGUCUCAGCGCGGGAGAAGCUGGCGCAUCAGACCGGCUUGUCCGAGGCCAGGAUCCAGGUAUGGUUCCAGAAUCGCCGGGCCAAGAGUCGUCGUCUGGCGAUCCCACCCAAACAGGCAGGGGCCCACGGGCCUUCCCACGUGUCCAGUGGUACUGCCAGCUGUGCCGCAGUAGAGCCUGCAGCAGACAGGCGGGGUCCUCUUUCCAUGCAGCAGCAGCAGCAGUGGCACUUUCCUCCGCCUUUGGUGCCAGCCAGCACUUCUGUCACCGCUCAGCCUGCCUGCCACACACCCCUAGCCGGGAGAGACGAGGGUUCCCACCGGCUCAGUUAUAUGCUUUCAGGAUGGGGGCCCCCCAAAGAGGACAGCGGUCUGAUCCCACACCGGACUGUUCAGAAGACUACCUGGAUGAAUGAUUAGCACUUCAAUGACUGGGCAGUAACAAAAUAAAGUCAUUUCUGUUUUGCUGGGGUUGCUAGCUCCAGGAAAUUCCUGAAGAUUUUGAGAUGGAAUCUGAGGAGGGCAGGGUUUGUGGAGGGGAGAGCCCUCAGCUGUAUAUGAUGUCAUAGUGUCGAGAGUUUAUUAAUAAUAUUGCAGAGUAAAAUAAUAACGCAGCCCACAACAUGUGACUUAAGUAAAAGAAAGUUUACUAAAGAAAACAUAGGAAGGGUACAUAAGUGAAAAAGAAAACAAUAAAGAAUCCUAUCAGACUAUUCUUCUAUUAGACUUCUGUUAGAGCCGGAAAAACGUGAAACCCAGCCCAUUGGUUCAAAGCUCAACUAACUUAAGUAUUAGCAUGCAUCAACACAAACAGGUUAACUGUUUCAUGAAAGAAGGAAGUGAACUUCCACAUAUCCCAACACAGCCCUUCUGAAGUUCAUGCACUGAAGUCAUAAAGGUUCAGUUUCUUGCGAAGGUAUUCAAACCUCCCUCUGGUAAGUGGUUUGGUUAAUAUGUCAGCCACCAUCUCUUCAGUUGGAUGAUAUUCAGCUUCAGUCGGUCCCUGUCGUUGCAUCUGUCUUACAGAAUAAAA